AUGUCCGACGACCACCCCGACGUCUACGAGCUCGACGACGACAACCAGAUCACCCCUGAGGACUGCUGGGCGGUGAUCUCGCUGUUCUUCCAGGAGAAGGGGUUGGUGUCGCAGCAAUUGGACUCGUUCGACGAGUUCAUCGAGCUGACGAUCCAGGAGUUGGUGUGGGAAGACCUGCGCCUCAUCCUCGACCAGCCCGCCCAGCACACUAGCGACGACGACUACGAGAACCGCCGCUAUGAAAUUAACUUUGGCAAGAUCUACAUCUCGAAACCGAUGCAAACGGAAGGGGAUGGGACCACCCACCACUUGUUCCCCCAGGAGGCGAGAUUGCGUAAUUUGACCUACUCGUCGCCGAUCUACGUGGAAAUGACCAAGCGGGUAUUCACCUCCGACGACCGCCAGCACCGUGGCGACACCGAACUCGACUGGGUGGAGCAGAAAAUCGAAAACGAAGGCCAGCCCUCCAAAGUGUACUUGGGUAAAGUGCCCAUCAUGUUGCGGCUGAAGUUCUGUAUGUUGAAAGACCUUGGCGAGCUCGAGUUCUACGAGUUGAAGGAGUGUCCCUACGAUAUGGGGGGUUACUUCGUGAUUAAUGGUUCGGAAAAAGUGUUGAUUGCCCAGGAAAGACUGGCGGCCAACAUCGUCCAAGUAUUCAAAAAGGCGGCGCCGCUGCCGGUAUCGCAUGUCGCUGAAAUCCGACUGGCAUUGGAGCGGGGGCUGCGCCUCAUCUCUUCGAUGCAAAUCAAACUUUAUGGCCGGGAAGGGCUGCUGCUGACGAAUAAGACGAUCAAGGCCACCUUACCCUAUAUCAAAGAAGAUAUCCCCAUUGUCAUCGUGUUCAGAGCCCUUGGCGUGGUCCCUGACGGUGAUAUCCUCGAACACAUCUGUUACGACGCCAACGACUGGCAGAUGCUUGAAAUGCUUAAACCGUGUGUCGAAGAAGGGUUUGUCAUCCAGGAAAGAGAAGUCGCCCUUGACUUCAUCGGGAGAAGAGGGGUAUUGGGGAUUCGGCGGGAAAAACGGAUCCAGUACGCCAAGGACAUUUUGCAAAAGGAAUUAUUGCCUAACAUCACCCAGCAAGAAGGGUUUGAAACCCGCAAGGCGUUCUUCCUCGGGUACAUGGUCAACCGGCUUUUGCUCGUCGCUCUUGACCGUAAGGAACCCGACGACCGUGACCACUUUGGUAAGAAACGGUUGGACCUUGCCGGCCCGCUUUUGGCGAACCUUUUCCGCAUCCUUUUCAAGAAGUUGACCAAGGACAUUUACAACUACAUGCAGCGGUGCGUCGAGCUGAACAAGGAGUUCAACUUGACCCUCGCCGUCAAAUCGCAAACGAUCACCGACGGGUUGCGGUACUCGUUGGCCACCGGGAACUGGGGGGAACAGAAGAAGGCGAUGACGCUGAGAGCAGGGGUCUCCCAGGUGUUGAACCGUUAUACCUACUCGCUGACGUUGUCCCACUUGCGGCGGACGAACACCCCGAUCGGCAGAGACGGCAAGAUCGCCAAGCCGCGGCAGUUGCACAACACCCACUGGGGGUUGGUGUGUCCCGCCGAGACCCCCGAAGGGCAGGCGUGUGGUUUGGUGAAGAACUUGUCGUUGAUGACGUGUAUCUCGGUGGGGCAGGACCUGAAGUUGGUGGCGUCGGUGUUGGACGAGUGGGGGAUGGAGCCGUUGGAGGACUACGUCCCCAGCAACUCGCCCGAAGCCACGAGAGUGUUCCUCAACGGGGUGUGGUUGGGUACGCAUAGAGACCCGGCGAUGCUUUUGGAGACGAUGCGCCUCAUGCGGCGGAAGGAGGAGAUCCCCUCCGAAGUGCUGAUUAUCCGCGAUAUCCGCGAGCGCGAGUUCAAAGUGUUUACUGACGCCGGGCGUGUGUACCGUCCGUUGUUCAUUGUUGACGACGACCGCGAGCUGGACAAGUUCGGCCACUUGAAGCUCACCAAGGAGCACGCCCGCCAGUUGGAGACCCCCGAGAUCUUCGAAGACGAAGACGGAACUCCCAAGCCGUGGUCGCAUCUCGUGACUAACGGCAUUGUCGAAUACGUCGACGCCGAGGAAGAAGAGACGAUCAUGAUUGCCAUGCUGCCGGAAGACCUCGAACUGCUGAGAAACGCCAUGAACGGCAUCGUCAAGACGGAGACGGAAGAGGAGAUCGACCCCGCCAAGCGGAUCACCCAGCUGUUCCUGGGCAAGAACCACACCUUCACUCACUGUGAGAUCCACCCGCUGAUGAUCUUGGGGGUGGCGGCGCUGAUUAUCCCCUUCCCCGACCACAACCAGUCGCCGCGUAACACUUACCAGUCGGCUAUGGGUAAGCAGGCCAUGGGGGUGUUUUUGACUAACUACGCCGUGCGCAUGGACACCAUGGCCAACAUCUUAUACUACCCGCAAAAGCCGUUGGCCACCACCCGGCUGAUGGAGUACUUGAAGUUCCGGGAGUUGCCUGCCGGGCAAAACGCUAUCGUGGCCAUUCAGUGUUACUCUGGUUACAACCAAGAAGAUUCGAUGAUCAUGAACCAAUCGCUGAUUGAUAGAGGGUUGUUCCGCUCGCUUUUCUUCCGCAGUUACAUGGACUUGGAAAAGCGCCAGGGGAUGAAGGCGUUGGAGACGUUCGAGAAACCCCUGCGUCUGGAUACGUUGAGAUUGAAGCACGGUACCUACGAGAAGUUGGACGACGACGGGCUCAUUGCUCCUGGUGUCAGAGUGUCGGGUGAAGAUAUCAUCAUCGGUAAGACUACUCCCAUCCCUCCCGAUACUGAAGAGUUGGGUCAGCGUACCAACUACCACACCAAGCGUGAUGCCUCUACUCCCUUGAGAUCGACGGAACUGGGGAUCGUCGACCAGGUGCUCCUCACCACUAAUGGUGACGGCGCCAAGUUCGUCAAGGUGAGAAUGAGAACCACUAAAGUACCGCAAAUCGGGGACAAGUUCGCCUCGCGGCACGGGCAAAAGGGGACCAUUGGUGUCACCUACCGCCACGAAGAUAUGCCCUUCACUCGCGAAGGUAUCGUCCCCGAUUUGAUUAUCAACCCGCACGCCAUUCCCUCGCGGAUGACGGUGGCCCACUUGAUCGAGUGUUUGCUUUCUAAAGUGUCGGCGUUGCGGGGUAUGGAGGGUGACGCCCUGCCGUUCACCAACGUCACCGCCGAGGCGAUCUCGCAGUUAUUGCGUGCCGAAGGCUACCAGCUGCGUGGGUUUGAAGUGAUGUACAACGGGCACACCGGUAAGAAGAUCAUGGCCCAGGUGUUCUUCGGUCCCACGUACUACCAGAGAUUGAGACACAUGGUCGACGACAAGAUCCACGCCAGAGCCAGAGGUCCCGUUCAAGUGUUGACGAGACAACCCGUCGAAGGUAGACUGAGAGACGGUGGUUUGCGUUUCGGGGAAAUGGAGCGUGAUUGUAUGAUUGCCCACGGGGCUGCCGGUUUCCUUAAGGAGAGAUUGAUGGAAGCCCUGGACUCGUUCAGAGUGCACGUGUGUGGCAAGUGUGGGUUGAUGCUGGUGAUUGCCAACUUGAAGAAGAACCAGUUCGAGUGCCGCGCCUGCAAGAACAAGACGAACAUCUACCAGAUCCACAUCCCCUACGCCGCCAAGUUGUUGUUCCAGGAGUUGAUGGCGAUGAACAUCACCCCGAGAUUGUACACCGAGCGCCUGGGGGUCACCGCCCGGGUGUAA